AAGACUGCUUCAGUCAGCACACAUCCCUGUCUGGUCAUGUUUCCUUCUAAGUUCACUGCUAUGGGACUGGCUAUUCUUCAGGACUGGUGCAGGUGGAUGGGUGCCAAUGCCCAGCGCUCCCUGCUCAUCCUGGGUAUCCCCGAUGACUGUGAGGAAGAAGAAUUCCAGGAGGCUGUGCAGGCUGCCCUCAGGCCCCUGGGCAGGUACCGAGUGCUUGGCAAGGUCUUCAGAAAAGAGAUCGGGGCAAAGGUCGCUUUGGUUGAAUUCGCCGACAAUUUAAACCAAAGUCUGAUUCCCCAACAAAUACCAAAUGAUAGGGGGCCCUGGACUGUGAUCUUCCUGCCGCGGGUCCCUGAUAUCGAGUUACAGGAUACAUUCAGUUUCCCUUCACAGGCUCACGGGCAAGCUUUGGAAGGGUCUUCAGGUGGAGCAGGGGCUUCAGGUAGGUCAGGGGCUACAGUGGAGGAAGGAGAUGUAGUUAGAGCUGUGGGUGAGGCAGGAGGAGCAGCUGAGGAAGGAGCCGAGGAUGAGGCAAGAGUACCUGUUGAGGAAGGAGCAGAGGGUGAGGAAGGAGGAGCAGAUGUGGCUCCUCCUGCCCCCUUCCUACUGGAGGAAGGAGAUGCAGCCAAGGCAAGAGUGUCAGAAGAGGAAGAAACAGAGGGCGAGGAAGGAGAGGGUGAGGCAGGAGGAGCAGCCCAGGAAGAAGCUGCGGCUGAGGGGAGCUUGCCAGAUGAGGAAGGAGCAGAGAAUGGGGAAGGAGUUGUAGAUGAGGGAGGGGUUGUGUAUGAGGCAGGAGUAGUAGAUGAAGCAAGAUUGCCAGACCAGGGGGCUGUGGAUGGGGAAGGUGAUGUAGUUGAGGCAGGGGCUGCAAGAAUGUCUGAUGAGGAGGGAGCUGGAGGUGACAUGGGGGUCGCAGGUGUUAUAGGAGCUAUGGCUUGGGCAGGGGCUGCAGGUGAGGUAGGAGCUGCAGGAGAAGGAGGAGGUUUAGAGGUGGGAGCAGGAGGUGAUGAGGGGUCUGCAGGUGAUGAGGGGUCUGCAGGUGAUGAGGGGUCCGCAGGUGAUGAGGGGUCCGCAGGUGAUGAGGGGUCUGCAGAUGAUGAGGGGUUUGCAGGUGAUGAGGGCUCUGGGAGCGAUGAGGGGUCCGCAGGGGACGAAGGAUCUGUGGAUGAUGGAGGGGCUGUGGGCGAAGCAGGAGCUGUAGGAGAGGAUGAGGCAGGAGCCGUAGGUGAGGCAAGACUGUCAGAUGAGGAGGGAGCUGCAGGCGACAUGGGAGUUGCAGGCAUUCUAGGAGCCGUGGGAUUGGCAGGAGCUGCAGGUGAGGCAGGAGGCUCUGGUGAGGAAGGGCCCUUUGAUGUGGCAGGAGGGGCACAUGGGGCUGGAGCCUGGACCCAGCAGUGGGGCCAAGCCAUGCAGCCCAUCCUGGAAAACAUGGCCUACCAGGAGCUGAGUCACUUCUCUGGGAUGGAAGAGCCCGGCUGUGGGGGUCUGUCUUUUGAGAGCUGGCUGGACCACGCCAAUGACAUGCUAUAUGUGUGGCGCUACAUAUCCGAGACAGAACGGCGUCGGCGGCUGGUGGAGAGCUUGGGUGGCCCUGCCCUGGAUUUCCUGUGUGAGCUUCUGGAAGAGAAUCCAGACACCCCUGCGCAGGACUGCCUGGCUGCACUGGUGCAGGUGUUUGGCAACAAGGAUACCGUGAUGACCGCGCGGAUGAAGUUCCUGACUUGCUCCCAAGGGCCUCAGGAGACACUCUUUGCCUAUGUGAUGCGCCUGGAAGGUCUGCUGCAGAUGGCCCUGGAGAAGGGGGCCAUUCAGCCUGCAAUGGUGGAUCAGGUGAGGGCACGGCAGGUGCUAAUGCGGGCCCGGCCCAACCAGAUGCUGCAGAACAACCUGAGGAGGAUGCGACUGGAGAGGCGGCCACCUGGCUUUGUUGGGCUGCUCAGACUUGUUCGGGAGACUGAGGCGUGGGAGGCAGCUCUGGUAGAAAAUGCAGUGGUCCAAGUAGGGGAAGGGGUGGAAGUGCAUGGUGGAGAGCUGGAUGUGGUCCAGGCUGCCCUUGUUGGUGUUGGGGGCGCUGAGCCUGCUCCUGCUGUUAGAGAGUCCCUUCCAGCCAGUGAAGCUGCUGACCAGGCUGCUGCUGCUGUUCCUGAGCAAGCUGCUGAGGCUGCUGCUGCUGUUGAUGGUGUCACAAAGGCAGUCCUUGAUUCUGACGAGGCCAAGGUCUUCCCUGUCACCGACAAAGAUGAAAAUGUGUUGGCCCCUGCUGACUCAGACCAGGCAGGGCCCACUGAGAGUCCAAGUGUGCCUGAGAGCUUGGCCAGUGCAGGAGAGCAAGAAGUAGGGCCUGUACCAGAGGGGCUGAAGGAAGAGUCAGAAAAUGAGGGUGGGGCAUGGGAAGGUAGUCACCCCAAAUCCUUUGGCAAAUAGGUUGAGAAGGUCCAAGGGCUUCCUCCUUCCUCAGACAGUUAAGUCUUAGAGGCAGGCAAGGUAAGCCCAAGGCCCGUGCAUCACCCCCAAAGUACAGCAGGGCCCAGAAAAAGUUUUACCCAACCUUAAACCAACUCUCUCCCACAAAUCCCCAAGGGGUUCUGGUUACCACCACCACCUCUCAUUCAAGUUAUCCAGGUGACCACAUUUGCCACCAAGUGGACUCAGGAGAGGUUCCCUUUCCUGUUACAAUGUUACCUGCAGAUCUAGUCCUGACCUCUUCUGGCUUGACUUGCCUGAAACAUAUUGCUGAGGUCCCAGCAACAAAAUUAAGGAUAUGGCCUGAGAAUGUACCCGCUCUAGUCUGGAAGAUGUGGGAAAGAGGCCAUCCCAACACUUGAGUUAUUUCAUUCUCCCAGCGCAGGCAGCCCACCGCCUCCCAUUUGCAGUGUCUAGGCAGGCAGGCUGCUUUCUGCCAUGGGAAGUCCACUCUUACCUGUCUGCCUUAUAGUGACCCAGCUCUCCAGAGCAUUCACCUUCACACACUCUCCCUCAUCCAUUGGUUUUGUGCCAAGCCAUGAGAUAAGUUAAACUGGGCAAGUGGAAGUUCUGGCUACCCGGUCAGCCAUUUCCAUACAGACGAGUGCAGUGAGCUGCUGUGCUAGUCAGGCCUUUCCUGUUCUUUGUGAGCUACUUAUCUGCUUUCUCAGUGUGAACCUAGGUCUGCCACUGGCUGAUUGUCUUCCAGAUAUGUGCAUUAUUACCUGAGCAGGUCUUUUCCGGAGACCCCAAGUCUAGCAUCAUGAGCCAGCUGGAAGAACAGAAGACACCAAGGGAUUGAUUGAUGCUUAUCUUGUGACUGUCACUUGAUUGAUCUGCAAAAAGACAUGGACCUGGGAGGGACUUGAAAACCAUGUUUUGUUCCAUUUAAGUUGUUAUUCAUGACCCCUAUAUCCUCUACUUGGUGGGAGUAUUCUGUGUUUUGAUUUCUGAUGUAUACUAUAACUGACCUGUGUCAAUAAUAGGGCAGCCCCGCCGGGUCAUCCUCCGAAGUAGAUGAGUAUCACCAGAGGCCAUUGUCUUGAUAAGAUGCACAACUUGGAUGUUUGAAAAGGUAGAAAAUGGUGAGGGGCUCCAAGCUGCUUUCAGAGCCCCGGGAGGAGUAGUCUGGGAACUGUAGCUUCUGGUGACUAUGAUUUGUUUCUGACUAGUGUUUUGCAUUUUUCAAUGGUUUCAUUAAAUGUUUUUCUUUAAUAAAUUUUUUGGAUGUUUCA